CAUCUGUAAAUGCACUAAUAGAUGGUCAAUGAUAAUAAUAAUAGCAACAGUAGACUUACCUAAUGGGAUCCCGUACAGCAGAACUAUUUUCUGAAAUCGACAAACUCCGUACCGAGCUGUUGAACAAUGUGGAAGUGAUGACAGACUGUCGGCGAGCUGAAGAGGACAUCAGUCAGAGGGAAAUUUUGACCCGUAUUGAAAGUGUAAUCCUUGGAAUAGUGACCAGUCUGUCCAACGAUGAGGCCCCUGUCCUGGCACUGCCCAAGAGGUCCAGCUGGGCCAAUGUCAGCUUUAACACUGCCGUCGGGCUCCAAAUGAGUUCAGGAUGUUCUGUCACCUCCAUUAGGAGCGACUGUCCUUCAUCUGCCACUAAAUUUGCUCAGAUUGUCAAGAUUCUCUCAGUCAUCUACAGGCUUGUGCAGAGCAACGCAUAUGCUACAAAAAGAGACAUCUAUUACAACAACACACAGCUGUUUGGUUCACAGAGAACUGUUGACAUUAUAGUAGAUGACAUCUCCUGUUUGCUGAAGAUUCCUCGCAGAUCUUUACAUGUGUUAGCCACAUCCAAGGGGUUAAUCUCAGGCGAUCUGUGUUACUUGGAGGAGGACGGCACAAGGAUCAACUGCCGUUCGAGCUCUGCUGCUGUUGCAGUUUCAUCAAAUAUUGUUGGAAUUAGAAAUAUUGUAUCAUCUGCAAAAUUUAUCAUGAUAGUCGAGAAGGAUGCAACGUUCCAGAGGCUGCUAGAUGACGACUUCUGCACAAAGCUCUCUCCUUGCAUCAUAAUCACAGGCAAAGGCGUGCCAGAUGUGAACAGCAGGUUAAUGGUGAGGAAACUUUGGGAUGUGCUGCGCGUCCCCAUCUUCGCCCUGGUGGAUGCUGACCCUCACGGCAUUGAGAUCAUGUGCAUCUACAAGUACGGAUCAGUGGCAAUGUCGUUUGAGGCCCACAGUCUGACCGUCCCCAGCGUUAUGUGGCUAGGCCUCCUCCCCUCUGACCUCCAGAGGUUACGAGUUCCCGAGGAAGCCCUGAUUCCGCUCUCCAAGAGAGAUGAAGGCAAACUCAACAGCCUGCUCCAAAGACCAUACUUAACCAGCCAACCAGACUGGCAAAAAGAGAUGGAACUGAUGCAGCAGAGUAAGGUGAAGGCUGAAAUACAGUCGCUGGCAGCCAUAGCUCCUGACUUCCUCACCAGCAUCUACCUGCCCAACAAGCUGCGCUAUGGAGGCUGGGUAUGA